UUCAGUGGACAGAAGGAGCAGAAGCUGAGCAUCUGCUCUGACGUCACUGCACAUAAAUACUUAUGUGCGAAAUGUUUAUGUGGUUUACUCUCUAGUCACUGAUACAAUGCCGCAAACUUACAUAGUAUCUAAUAGGAGAGCACAUGGCUUUUAUUCUUCACCAAACCAAUAAAGUAUGAGUCAGUCAGGGUUCCUGGGAAAGAAAACUGAUUUAGACCUCAGCUUUCCUCCAUACUCUGGCAUCUAGUAAACAACUACACUUUUUUUUUCCAUCUGUUAACCUGAACAUCUCUGCUGAACUGAAAAAUAACUUCUAAACACCUCUUUUAGGGACUUUAAUAUUUGCUCAAGCUGUAAACAUCUAUUUCCUUGGUAGAGUGAGGUUAGAGAGGUCAUGUUUGCUUGAUCAGGAACAGAUUGGACUCAUCAGAAUCCUCCCGGCUUUAAGGUUCACAACACAAGCAGAGCACAAGCUGCCUGUUUACAAAAUAUCUGCAUAUGGCCAAGCAAAUCCCACACCCAUCCUAUAACACACACACACACACACACACACACACACACACACACACACACACACACACACACACACACACACACACACAAUCCGACACACCCGCACACAUGCACACACAUAUGUUUGUUUCUCUAUCUUUGCAGAAAUUUUCAUUGACUUCCAUUCAUUUCUACAGCAUAAUCCUGAUCCUGACACUGAUCAUUACCAGUACAUGCUUAACCCUAAGCCUAACCAAAUAUCAUUUCACACUUUAGUCCUAACCCUAACCCAAAAAACAGAAUUUCCCCUCAAUGUAAUAUGUGUUAGGAAAAUAGUCCCUGCAAUGUAUUAAAUAAAUAAUACACACAAACAAACUGUUGAAAUGGUGACAAGUGUUUUGGAGAUAUAGAUUUAAAACAAUGCCAGUUAACUGUGUUUACAAGAUGGAUGUACUUUUUACAUAUCCUGUGUGUGUGUGUGUGUGUGUGUGUGUGUGUGUGCGUGUGUGUAGGUGUGUGUGUGUGUGUGUGUGUGUGUCUCAGUGAACUGAGUAGGAUGGAAGGUCUUCCACUGAAGAUGCCCCAGGCCAUCGUCUUACAAGAAGUCAAAGAUAAUGUCAAAGUGACAAUGCCUGAUUACCUCAGCAUAUUACGGGAAACAGCGUACGAGUUCAGCUUGGAGAACUGGGUGUUAACUGGCUUACAGAACGGCCCCACCCACCAUCAGCGGCCUCAGCCAUUCACCUCUCCAUCCGAACUUUUACCAUCUUGUCCUCCGUACUGGAUGAUGUUCAGCAGCCCACAGCAGAGUCGUCUGGCCAGCCGCCACAGUUCUGACUUUUGGGAACCAAACCCUCGACAACGCUCCUAUAGCCUCAACCCUGCUGUACUUCGCACCACCUUCACCAUCUCAGACUCGGAGGAUGAAGGAGGAAAUACUGUGCAGGAAGCCAAGGAAAACCUGACAGCUAAAGCUUGUUUGAAGGAAGAGCACCCAGCUGCUUCAUGUCAGAGCGGUCAAAAAAAAGCACAGAGAGCCUUCAUCCCAGACCUGCUGAAUCCUCCGUCCUGCCUGAGCAGCCUCCCCCACAAGCGCAGGAAGAACCUCCGGCAGUGUUCUGUCUCUGGGACAGACAUGUCCAAAAAACAAGAGUCCAACAUGGACAGUCAGCCUUUGAGCUCAUUCUCAUGCAAAGCUCUCAACACCAGGACCUAUACCAUCGACAAAUCCACUGACAACCAUAAAACAGCAGAUAUGAUGUGUCUCAGACCAAACUGCUGCAGAGCUCACCACAGAGCCUCGCCAUGCGGGAGCCAGAGCUCUGCUCUGGACUCGUCUGUGGAGCUCCUGUCAGCUCUGAGCCCAGAGGAGAGAGAGCUGCUCAGGGUCAUCACUGGCCGGGGAUACCCCCUCCGCACUGCCAUCAUUGCCCUGCAGAGGGCAGGACAACAGACCCCAGAUCAGAUCCUGAGUUACCUGGUUGCGUGUGAGCACCUGUGUCAGCUGGGCUAUGACAUGGCUCAGGUGGAAGAAGCCCUGGAGAUGUUUCAGAACUGUGAAACAAAGGCAGAGGAGUUCCUCCUCCUCCUGACUCAGUUCAAUGAGAUGGGCUUCCAGCCACACACCGUCAAAGAAGUGCUGCUUGUCCAUGAGAAUCACAGAGAGCGGGCGCUUGAGGAGCUGAUGAUGCGUGUGGCGUGACGGCACGGCUACAUGCAGCUCGGUUCAAACUGGAGAGUGGGUUUUAGGCAGUGGGUUUUGGUUGUAUUCAGUAAUGCUGUAUUCAUAAUUUUCACAUUAUGUUUUUGUACUAAAGCACUCCAGUUAAACUCUCAGCAUAUGUCAUAGUGAGUUUUAGGACAGUUCUAUUUUUGCCGAAGUUAUUUUAGGAAGCAUAAAAACAAAACCAUGAAUUAUUGCGUUGUAUCUAAAAGCAAAGAAGGUUCAGGUGUCAUUUUAUUUAUUUCCAUUUAGCUCUCCUGUUUGUGUUUGACAAGACGUUGAUGUUAAUUCUUUUUCAUGUUUUUCUUUUUUAUUUAAUGAAAGGGUCUUUUGCAACAUUUCACUUUAUAUAAAAGUCAUAGACUUAAAUCAUGUGAGUUGUAUUAUUUUAGGAUUUUUAGACUUUAAACAAUGACCAAGGAGUUAUUGGCUAUAGGACGUAUUUAACUGAGCAAGCAUCAGUUCAUACCUGCUGAUACAUAUAGGAUUAUAUUAUUUACUGUAAUUUGCAUUAGCGAAAUAUUUCUUAGUUAGCGGAUAGGGCACCAAAGCUGACUGCCCCCCAGGGCCCACACCCUUUUAAAUCCAGCCAUGGUCAUUAAUGACUUUCCACAUCUAGAGUCACAGUCAGCAGAAAAUACAAACUCCAUCAGCUCACGAGUCAGUACAUAUGAAUGAUCUAGUUUAUACCAGCCUUUAAAAUUAUUAUUAUAGAUUAAUUAUUAUUACUACAGCAAUGAAGGGGUGCAAAAAGAAAGCUGCUUAAAUAUUUGUUCAGUCUUUUUCUCUUUGGUUUGCUGUGAUCAGUUGCUCUCCAUGCUGUCUGCAGAAUGUAGGCUAAGACUGUUUUGUCAUUUCUUUGAGCACUGAACCAUUGCCACACAGCACCAAGAAAGCACCCAGGGUCAACUUUUCCAUUUUUACUUCUUUGUGUAAUAUAUAACAGUGCAGAACCUGUUCCACAUUUAGAUCUGAAUCAUUUUUUAACCUGAUAAAUACCAGAUAUCUGUCAUAUGCUCUGACAUGGAAAAUCCAAACAUUGAAGCAGGGUGUACUUUCUUUUUAUCAAGGCUGUCUGUGCUGGAUGGUGUGCUCACAGAGUGUAAAUUCCCAAAUUGCUCUAAAUGCUUUCAUCUUUACUGUAAUUUAGAAUCACAACAAAAGCAUGUUCCAAUAUAAAAAACUGCAUCUUCUGAUUAAAUUUAAUGACUUCUUUAUUUUCAUGCUUAUAUAGUAAAUCAUGUAUUUAUACAAAAUAAAUACCUGAAGAAAUAAAAUGUUGUUUAUUUUAACAGACAGAAAAGUGAGGGCUUCUCUGGGAGGCUGGCGUUUAGGCAUCCCUACUGGUUGCCAGGGGAGAUUCAAGGAUUUCUCAAACAUGCAUAAAGGAAUCAAAGCAACACCCCAAGUAUGUUUUUGAUGAGGGAAUAAC